CUGCUACAUCGCCAUCACACAAGAGCCGCUUGCCUAUCCCCGUUGAUUGACCUUCACCUGCUGUCCUAUCUCUUCGGAGACUGAGGAGUCAACUUUUACCUUAUACGCAAACACCUGAAACAACCCCUCUUCCACCACACAUCAGUCACGCGCCCUCACUAUCAAAUGCAUCUGGACUGACGCGUAACAGCACUCUAUUUAGUAUUCGUUUCGUCUCUUUCACCUUCCUGAAGAGUUUGCAACCGCGUCUCAGCUAGAGCGGUCAGCCUGCGCGACGUCUACGCCUAUCUCGACCUCCCUCCUCCUCCUUCCCCAUCUGCAUAUCACAUCAUACAGCCAUGUCUGCCGACCCUCGGAGAAGACCGGCCCCUGCUGCUCAGAGUGCUCCCCCGCCGCCUCCUCCACCUCCUCCACCAGCAGAGGCACAGCCAGACUCUUCGGUCCAAGCCUUGGAUGGCGCAAAUGACCAAGACACGGCUCAACAACCAAAGGGUGAAGAGAGCUUCAAGCUGCGCUUCUGUACCGUGUGCGCCAGUAACAACAACAGAUCGAUGGAAGCGCAUCUUCGCCUUGCUGGCAGCAACCAGAAAUAUCCCACAAUCUCCUUCGGCACGGGCUCGCUAGUCCGUCUGCCCGGUCCAAGCAUCACACAACCGAACAUCUACAACUUCAACAACACUUCGUACGAUAGCAUGUACCGCGAGCUGGAAAGCAAAGAUGCCCGCCUGUACCGCGCGAACGGUAUCCUGCCCAUGCUCGACCGUAACAGAAACAUCAAGUGGGGUCCUGAGCGCUGGCAAGAUUGGAGGAUCGGAUACCCUCGUGUUGGCAAGCGCUACGCCAACGCUCCCAUCCCUGGCGAUCCUGUCUACACGAAUGAUAUGGGCGCUCAGGGUACCGAAUCAGGCACAGUCGAUAUCGUCAUAACCUGCGAAGACCGCUGCUGGGAAGCCGUUGUUGACGAUUUGCUGUCAAGAGGAAGCCCGCUCAACAGACCUGUCCAUGUCUUCAACGUUGAUAUUAAGGAUAACCACGAAGAAGCCCUGGUGGGAGGAAGAGCCAUCCUCGAGCUUGCUGAUGAGCUGAAUGCUGCUGCACAAGACGAGCGCCGCAUCCACGCUGAGAAGACUGGAAGUACCGACAGCUUCGACUCUGCUACCGGAAGCUCAAGAGAUGGCUUUGAUGCAAGAGUGCCCAUCAUCCUCGGCGAGUGGCAGGAGAGAUGGCCUCAUCUUCCCGCUCUGUGGACAUUGGCUUGGUUCUAGAGGGAGACUGGAGGACACGAAGAACAUUGCAUUGCAUCAACAUUUUGCGAGAAGAAGCUGAUGCUUCCUGAUGAGAUAGCUUUAUACCCUUAUACAUUACAAUCAAACAUCAUCCAAUACGCAAA